AUGGCGGAACCGACCAAUACACCGGUGCCAGCUUCUACACCGCGAGCUACAUCUCCUGCUCCUCAGCUUCCCUCCAUUUCUCAAGGAUCUCUUUCAAUACGGUCAUCAAUGACGUCCUCAAAACCCCGGGUUCUUCAUAUUGGAGACCCUAUCAAAUACAACCCUGAAACAUAUCUCCGCUUCAGCAUUCAGUGUGAGGUCAUCAGACCGCUAAUUGAAGAGCGGCAACGGCCAGAGUUUAUCAGGGCCCUCAUGGAAAAGAGAUGGGGUGAUUUUGAUGCCAUAUUUCGUCCAUUUUGGGGAACUGGAGGCGAAAUGGGGAAAUGGGACCAAGAGUUGAUCAGUCUGCUGCCACAGAGUGUCAAGGUAUUUGCGAGUGCGGGUGCUGGCUUUGACUGGGCUGAUACGAAGCUAUUGGGAGAACGAGCCGCUGAAGCUGUAGCUGAUUUUGCCAUCGUUGGGAUCAUUUCCACAUUCCGGGUCCUCCCAUGGUGUAUCUCAUCCGCCAUGUCCGGGGAUGAGGAGGCAUUCAAGGAGAAUCAUCGCGACGCUACAAUGCAGUCGUACAAUCUUCGCGACCAGGCUCUAGGAAUCAUUGGCUUUGGCAACAUUGGCCAGCAAAUCGCUGCUCGUGCCCGACAUGGAUUUGGGAUGGACAUCCACUACUAUGAUGUGCUUCCCAAGCCUGCUGCUGUUGUUGCUCCCGUACGAGCUACUCACCAUGAGACGCUUGAGAGUCUACUUGGUCUAUGCGACUGUGUAGUUCUCUGCACACCAGCUGGUGAAGACACUCUGAUUGACUCAAAGACUCUGCCGUCCUUCAAACGUGGAUCGCGGUUUGUCAACAUUGCGCGAGGAAGUCUUGUUGACGAAGAUGCACUGGCUGCAGCCCUUCAAGAUGGCACACUAUCAAGCGCAGCUCUUGAUGUUCACGCAAACGAGCCAAAGAUCCACCCUGAACUGUUGGAGCUUGCUAAACAAGGCCGUGUGUUGGUGACAUGCCACAAUGCGGGCGGAACAGUCGACACCCACAAGGGUUUUGAAGAGCUGAGCAUGAGAAACAUCAUGGCUGUUCUCAAUGGGGGAGAAGCCAUUACUCCUGUGAACCUAGAGUUUCUCAAGAAGUAG